GCGGCAGCGGCGGCGCUGCAGCCGGGGGAGCGCCGUGCAAGCAAGCAAGCAAGCAAGCGGCGGGAAAACCCCGUAGCCCACUGAACCUUUUUUUUUUCCCGAUUGCGACUGACGCAGAUUAAUCAGAGGCAAAAGAGGCUUGUUGCAUGCAUUGUCAGUGCUGCCCUCUGCAAAAAUCCCAUCACAAACCCUACGCCUGCCUUAUCCACUCCUCAGCCCAGACACUGCUCUGGGGGCUGCCAAAGCUAGCACUGUGAAAAUGAUGAGCAUCCUCUAGCAUGACAACCUUGGAUCACGUGACUGCUGCCCACCAGGCAGAGUGGGUCUCCUUCAAUGAGGAGCCACUCUUUCCUGCUUCUUCUGAGGGGGCCACGGAGGACUAUCUACCAGGAUUGUCCUCUUCCUCGGAGCCCUCGGAGAGCUCCUCCACGGAGCCGCCCAUUGGGGAUGGAGCCUCUCAAGACCUUUCCCAUUCGGAAAAGGAUGAUUCUUCGGAGAAGAUGGGCCUUAUCUCGGAGGCAGCCUCCCCUCCUGGGAGCCCUGACCUGGCCUCAGCCAUCAGUGGCUGGGUUCAGUUUGAAGACGACACAUCGUGGGCCAACCCGUCACCUAUUCAGAAAGGAACAGGUGGGACAGGCACACCAUUGUCCAUGCCCUGCUGGACCUGUCCUUCCUUCGAUUCCCUGGGGAGAUGCCCUCUAACCUCUGAGAGCAGCUGGACCACACAUUCUGAAGGUACCAGUAGUCCUAGCUUGGCCCCCUCGUACACAGACCUACAACUCAUCAAUGCAGAGGAACGAAUCAGUGGCCGAGCUUCUGGCACUGAUUCCACAGACAAUUCCUCCUCACUCCAGGAAGAUGAAGAGGUAGAGCUGGAGGCCGUCAGCUGGCAAGCCAGCCAGCCAGCCAUGAAUGGCCACCCUGCCACCCCAGUGACCUCUGCUCGCUUCCCCAGUUGGGUCACUUUUGAUGACAAUGAAGUCAGCUGCGCUAUGCCACCUGUCACCUCUCCUCUGAAGCCGAAUACUCCACCUCUUGCAUCUGUGAUCUCUGAUGUUUCUGCAAACUCAACUGGGUCAUUUAAAAAGAGAGAACGUCCCAAGAGCACGUUGAUGACCUUUUCCAAAGUUCAGAAGUUGGACAUUUCUUCCUUGAACCGUACACCUUCUGUAACGGAGGCUCCCCCUUGGAGGGCCACCAAUCCCUUCCUGAAUGAAACUCUCCAGGAUGUCCAACCAUCCCCGAUCAACCCUUUCAGUGCUUUCUUCGAGGAGCAAGAGAGACGCUCCCAAAGCAAUUCCAUUUUGAGUAGCACAGGUAAAAGCCAAAGAGACUCCCUCAUCGUCGUCUACCAGGACACCAUCAGCUUUGAUGAUUCAAGCAAAAGCCAGUCACAUUCUGACGCUGUGGAAAAACUCAAACAACUGCAGAUCGAUGAUCCUGAUCACUUAGGCAGUACGGCCCUCCCAGAUGAUGACCCUGUUGCUUGGAUUGAAUUAGAUGCCCCCCUCCCUGGCUCAGCCCUGACUCAGCCCCAGGACGGGUGGUCAAUGAUGCUGAGGAUCCCUGAGAAAAAAAACAUCAUGUCUUCGCGGCACUGGGGACCCAUCUAUAUCAAACUGACAGACAGUGGCUUCCUUCAGCUAUAUUAUGAGCAGGGCUUAGAAAAACCAUUUCGUGAGUUCAAGCUUGAGAUCUGCCAUGAGAUUUCCGAACCUCGGCUCCAAAACUAUGAUGAGAAUGGCCGGAUCCACAGUUUGCGGAUAGACCGUGUCACCUACAAGGAAAAGAAGAAGUACCAGCCUAAACCCUCUGUGGCCCAUACAGCCGAGAGGGAGCAAGUGAUUAAGCUGGGCACCACUAACUAUGAUGACUUCCUGAGUUUCAUUCAGGCCAUUCAGAACCGUCUCAUGGACCUGCCAGUGUUGUCAAUGGAUCUGACCACAGUGGGCUUGAACUACCUGGAAGAGGAGAUCACAGUGGAUGUCCGAGAUGAAUUCUCGGGCAUGGUGAGUAAAGGAGACCACCAGAUUCUCCAACAUCAUGUCUUGACCCGAAUACAUGUCCUGAGUUUCCUCUCGGGGCUUGCCGAGUGUCGCUUGGGUCUCAAUGACAUCCUCAUCAAAGGCAAUGAGAUUGUUUCCCGGCAGGACAUCAUGCCAAUCACCACCACCAAGUGGAUCAAGCUCCACGAGUGCCGCUUUCAUGGCUGCGUGGAUGAGGAUGUCUUUAGCAGCUCCCGGGUGAUCCUGUUCAACCCUUUGGAUGCCUGCAGGUUCGAGCUAAUGCGUUUUAGGACAGUCUUUGCUGAGCAGACAUUGCCCUUCACACUCAGGACGGCUGCAAGCAUCAAUGGGGCAGAGGUGGAGAUCCAGAGCUGGCUCCGGAUGUCCUCUGGCUUUUCCUCUAACCGUGACCCACUCACUCAGGUUCCCUGUGAGAAUGUCAUGGUCCGUUAUCCGGUACCCAGUGAGUGGGUGAAAAAUUUCCGCAGGGAAAGUGUCCUGGGGGAAAAGUCAUUGAAAGCCAAAGUGAACCGGGGGGCAAGCUUUGGCUCAACGAGCGUGUCUGGCUCGGAGCCCGUCAUGAGAGUCACUCUGGGAACUGCCAAAUAUGAACAUGCCUUCAACUCCAUUGUGUGGAGGAUAAACCGCCUGCCUGACAAAAACUCUGCCUCUGGCCAUCCUCACUGUUUCUUCUGCCACCUUGAACUGGGCUCUGACCGGGAAGUGCCUUCCAGAUUUGCCAGUCAUGUGAAUGUUGAGUUUACCAUGCCCACAACUUCUGCCUCCAAAGCCGCGGUGAGAUCCAUCUCUGUGGAAGACAAGACUGACGUCAGGAAGUGGGUGAAUUACUCCGCACAAUACAGCUACAAGGUGGAAAUUGAGCAAAAAAAGAGCUUGAAGCCAGACUUUGAAGGAGAAGAGCUGGAAAAUCCCCAGGAAUGUGGGGUCCAGUGAUGGAGCUCUACUUAGCAUAGGGGACUGGGCUCAAGAAUUCUAACAGGAUAUCUUCCUGACCACUAGAUUCAAGGCAAGACCUGCCACGGCUACACUGUGUAAGGAACAGUGAAUCCAACCUUCCUGCUGCUGGUUAGCUGCAUUUUAACAGGAACUCCUGAGGAGGUGGCUUGAGAGAAGCUCCGAUCAUGCCCAACUCACCCAGUUCGCCUGAUUUGGGCGUCUUAAUGGUUAAAUGAAGCCUCCUUGUUUGGCUUUGUUCUUCUCAUAGCACUUGGGUGUGCUUUGAUGUGACUGUUAGAAUCAGGAAAAGAACUUCCCACAUCAGUGUUGCCAUAUUUCUGUCUGAGGUUUAUCUGCCACUUAUAGCAGCGUCUGGAAAUGAUUGUCUGAGAAAUUAACUAAGAAUCUAUCUCUUUGCAACUCCCCUUAGAAAAAUUUCAGAAAAGGUACAAAGUGAA